AUGAAGACCUGCAUAUUAUUACUUUUCCUAUGCAAGAACAUAUUGGCAUAUGUGUUAAAUAAAAAUGCUCCAAUACAUUUUACAUUAAAUAAAAAUGCCGUAAGAAACACCAUAAAUAAAAGAGAUAGCCUAUUAUUAGCACAUACGAACAAAAAUUUUAGGAAAUUAGGAAGGGAUAGAUCACAAAGAAGAGCUUUGCUUAGAGCACUAACAACUAGUGUUUUGAGACACGGAAAAAUUGUUACAACCGAAGCAAAAGCUAAAGAAGCUCGAAGGAAGGUGGAUAGAAUAAUAACAUAUGCUAAAAAGCACUUUAAUAACAAGCAAUACAGCUAUCGAUUAAUAGCUAAUUACGUUUAUGACAGAGAAUUAGCCCUUAAUAUUGUUAAGCAAGCACCCAUUAAAUAUAAAGAAAGAAAUGGAGGAUACACAAAAAUAAAACUUUUACCGAAAAGUAGAAAAGGAGAUGCAGCAAGGAUGGCAAGCUUAGAACUUGUGUAA